AUGGAGUACUUCGAUUUUGAAGGUGCCUCGUCUGCGCAUGGUUCUUCGAACCACCAGGACGACGAUGUCGCCUCGGUUGAUAUAGAGUUUGAUGAUGCCGACGAGCGCGAGGCCAAUUUCGACGCUCUGCUCGAGGACCAACCACUGGAAUACCCCAGUGACCCGCUCGCCACGGCUGCCUUGGCCCAGCCUGUCCAGCCCGACACCGCAGUUUAUCCGAUGACUCGUGCCCAGGAGCCCUGUGAUUUCUGUCGGCGUAUGGGCUUCGACUGCUUCAUUAUGAAUCGUGGUGUGAUGCAGCACGGUUGCACGUGUUGUAUCUCUCUGUACCGCGAGUGCAGCUUCACGCACACCAAAGCCCCUGGGAAGUUCUUGGAUACCUUACAUACGGUGUCCGAGAACGUUCUCACGGAGACGGGCGGCCUGACGGGGAAGAGAGCACUCAAAUCCGUUUCCUACGGCUCUCGUGCUGAUGACCCGGAUUCUCGCUCUCGCAAGAGCAACGCCCGCCUCUCUCGCCGGGCCGUUAAUGUGCUGAAGAGCUGGCUUCGGGACCACCACGAGAACCCGUAUCCCACGGAGCAGGAAAAGGACGACUUGAAGGGAAAUACCGGCUUGACCAGAACACAGAUUUCCAACUGGCUUGCCAACGCCCGACGACGCGGCAAAGUGCGUUCUGGGACCAAUUCGCCCGUGCCCGGUGCCGUUGACAUUCCCAACACCCGCCCCGUCGAUGUGUCGCUCAUGACACCCCUGGAACGUUGGGAGUACUCGCCCCCGAGCACGAACCGGCCGCGAUCAGCGAUAUUAGUCGCGCUCUGGCCAAUCCACCCUUCGAAUCCCCUCCGGGCCGUGGUCACUACGAAUGACUCAAGCCAUGCGAGCUCCGAACAUAAGAUCCACUCCGCGUCGGCUAGCAGCCUAGAGACUAGUCACUCUUCGCUCUCGGACUUCUCCUUUGCUUCUGCCUUCUCCCAUCGAUCCUCCCGGGGAUCCUUCACUUCAAUGGAUCGAAAAGAACGUCGUCGUCGCCGCAAAGCAUCGGGGCCGAUCAAUACAUUUAAUCAACACAAGGCGAAAGCGGUUCGUCCAUAUCAAUGCACCUUCUGCACCGAUUCCUUCCCUGCCAAGUAUGACUGGCAGCGGCAUGAAAAGUCCAUGCACCUCGUCCUCGAGAAAUGGACCUGUUCGCCCCACGGAGGUAUCAUAAAUGACAAUGGCACGUCUCGCUGUGUAUUCUGCCUGAUGGAUAACCCGGACAGCCAACAUCUGGAAACCCACGACUAUAUGAGUUGUCAAGAGAAGACCAUCCAGGAGCGGACCUUCUACCGGAAGGAUCAUCUCAAUCAGCAUCUCCGUCUGAUGCACCAUGCCAAGUUUCAAUCUCCCAUGGAGACGUGGCGGAGUACCAUCAACGACAUCAAGUCUCGCUGUGGCUUUUGUGGUACCUCCUUCAACACCUGGAAAGACCGAGUAGAUCACUUGGCUGGCCACUUCAAGAACGGAGCCCUCAUGGCUCAAUGGCAAGGAGACUGGGGAUUUGACCGUGCAAUCAUGAGUCGCGUGGAGAAUGCAAUUCCUCCGUACAUGAUUGACUAUGAAUGGCGUUCUCUGAAUCCCUGGACCACCGCCCAGGCUCAGGAGGAUGGCUCAACGCCGAACCUUAAUGUCCCGGACGAUGCCAAUUGCUACAUGAGGCUGUCGCGAGAGCUCGCCGAGUACAUCCACAAGCAAGUUGCUCAGGGAGUCCGUCCAACCGACCAGAUGUUACAAGCAGAAGCUCGCCGAGUCAUCUAUGGAAGUGACGAUCCGUGGAACCAAACCUGUGCCGACAACGGGCUAUGGCUAGGUGUGCUCAAGCGGGAUACUGGCCUAGAUACGAGCAUGGAUAUCAACGACAUCAACUUCGCCGACCUGGGCAUGCAACCGCCAUUUGCACUCCAAGGCGGAUUGCAUGCUACGCCGCAGGACACCAACAUUCUUGCUCGAGCAGUAUGCCAAGGCUCAUUUAAUACCUCUGGUGUAUCUAGCCCCAGCAUCAAAAGCCCUGCUUAUCCCGGAACGGGAUUUUCGCCUGCUGUUCAUAGCGGAGCUGGCAGCCUUUCGGGGAGUUAUGCCGGAAGUACCGGGGUGAUCUCAGCUGGAGCUGAGCCUUCAUUGUCGACGGAUUGGGGCGGCAGCUUUCCCACGCAACCCUCUUCGGCCUUUCCGACUCAACCAUCCUCAGCACCCGGUGGAGGGCCCGCUGAUCCGUUGGUGCAAAUGGGAUUCGAUCCGGCAUUCCUGCAGCGCUUAAACGACAACUACAGCAAGAUUAAUCUUGAUGACGUGGAAGGCUUGCAAUCCGACGGGGCGCAGAAGUUCAAUGACCACGUCGAGGGUCAGGAAUAG